GCACACGGAAGAGCUGAUAGAUACCGACUAUUGGUAAAGAAUGUGAAGUAUUUCUUUCUACUUCUUUUUCUUAAGUAACUUUUCGUGUAAAUGUGCACUGUGUGGUCAAUUAUUAUUAAUAGUGGUUGGAACCAGAUUUUAUGUUUCUAGUUUUGAUUUAUAAUAUCCCUAAUUUAGAAUAGUCUUUGAAAGGUUUAAUAGAAGUAGAAGACAAGACCACUCAGAGUGUCAGUAGAGUUGAGUAGAGAAUAGAGUGAGAAUGAGUCUCGAUGCUUUGGGCUUGGGCACUUUGGCUUUAACUUUACUGUUAGACUAAACUUCAGAAAGUACUAGUAAUAGUACGAGUGUCCGUACAACAGACGUCUUUGCUCAUACAUUAUUAAUAGUGGUUGGAACCAGAUUUUAUGUUUCGGCUAAUGCAGAGAAUUAGAAGACAAGACCACUCAGACUCAGUCAGUGUCAGUAGAGUAGAGAGUAGAGUGAGAAAGAGUCUCGAUGCUUUGAAUGUAUCUUUAUCGCUAGAAUAAACUUCAGAAAGCACUAGCAUGAGUGUCCAUACAACAGAUGUGUUUGCUCCUAGGAUUUUGACAUACAAUGUAAAAUUUUGAGAUGUCUUUUAUGAUUGUACACCAAAAUUAAGAUCUGACAUAACUACGAUUUUAAGAGACCAGGUUGAAAAUAUAUUGGUUUUUUAUUAGUUUUUCCAAUAUAAAGAAAUAAUUAAAAAGUAUAUUUUCGGUUGUUGGUUUUAACUUUCAUUAACAUUCUACAUGCAGCAUUGAAUGGAUAGAGAAAUAUGAUUGGUUGCGGACCAUCUAUAAUUAUAUUACGUUUGCCCUGAGAGGGGUAUGGAGUGGUCGGUGUUUUUUUUAGAAGAUUUUAUGUGCGGAUUGCGGGGUCUAAAGAUUUAAAUCUAUAUAAUAUAAUUAACACUGUCACAUUUUUGUAAUGAUAAUGGUGAUAUUCUAUUUUUGCUUUAUGUUUUCAUAGCUAGACUCGGCUACAGUAAUAUUAGUGUAGUGGCUCUGGUGAAAAUUUAGUCCAUGCGCUGCAAUCCAUAUAGCAACUACCCAGGGGGAAGGGGGCUUUUUGAUUUGUGAAAUAUUGAGUACGCAUGCAUAUCAUACGGUCGGGGGGGGGGGAUCUCUGCAGAAAGAAAGUAUGUUCGUUAUUUAAAAAAUCUACAAUAUUCAUCCGGAAAGUCCAAAAAUAGCAUGUGAAAUAUUGAGUACGCAUGCAUAUCAUACGGUCGGGGGGGGGGGGAUCUCUGCAGAAAGAAAGUAUGUUCGUUAUUUAAAAAAUCUACAAUAUUCAUCCUGAAAGUCCAAAAAUAGCAUAUUUAUAUCUCGAAUGCUGUAAAAAUAUCACACAAUGUUUUGUAGGAAUUAUCUUCAUAAUGUUGCCAUGUAUUUUCACAAAUGAACUUCGCUAGAUAUGCUCAGAUAGUACUCAGUUUAGUUUAACAGUAUGUCCACGUUGUAUGUGACAUAUAUUUUAUUGGGCUUCGCCAGUGCUUCUUACUUCUAAUCUUUCGUUUCUCUGCGCCUUUGCCAAAUUUAGGUUUUCAUAAGGCUCCCUGUGUUAAAUUCUAACAAGUACAGUUCGAAAUAGCGAAUACAUAAACAAAAUAAAAUAAAGGGUUGGAUAAAAAUAAAUAUAACACAUAUGUAAUCACUAAGUGCCAUAUAGUAACUGCAAACAGUAGUUGCUUUAACAGGGUUACUGAGGGAGUGGGAUAGAAAAUUUGACUUUCUUGUGCAUGUACUAUACAGAUAGCCCCUACUCACAUUUGUUUACUUCAGUGAUGUAAUACAUAAUUAUUUAUUGUGGCUGAUCCGUAGCAAGUCCAGAAACAAGAAAAAAUUAGAAAAUGAAUUCUCAAUUGUUCCACCCAGCAACAUUAGAUUUGGACAUAUUUUAUAGGAUCUCAGAGGGCCUUUGAAAUCUACUUUUAGAACACACAAAACGGCUGUACGAUUUUUAAUACCCCCUCUUCCUUUCACCCAUUUACAGCUUGUGGUGUAAUCAGACUGUAAUUUAUUAACGGGAAAGAGGCAUAAUGGAUUUUGAAUCUACUUUCCUUUUUUUAAAUAGCUUUUCCUAAAAAAAUAAAUCUCAAGUAACUUGGUAGGUUUUUUUUUAAUGACACCCGAAUGCAUUAUUUCUUAUUUUAAUUUUUAAAAAAUUUAUGCUUAACUGACUUCGAGUUUGAACCAGGUUAAAUUUCACCAAUAACUUUAUUUUUACCAAUGAUUGACUGUGAUAUAGUGAUUUGCACGUUUACCUAAAUAUUAAUGAUAUUUAUAGCAAAUACACGUCUGCAAAACAAAGUGACAGCAGAUUCAGAUUGCAUUAUAAACGUCAGUAAUGUACUUUUAGAAGUUAUAAUAAUUUUUAGAAGUUACCUUUUUUGAUAUCAGCUUAUCUCAACAUGAGAUGCAAUUAGUUGUACAUUAUAUAUACUGUAUGUUUAUUUAUUUAUCAUUAUGAUACUGUAUUAUACGAUUUUUAGAUGAUAGUGUACAAUUUGAGGAGUUCGAGGGUAAGCAGGUCUGGUACAAUAUUUAGCAUCAAUGAUUUCUACUUCUGAUGUCUCUUCUACCUAUAGUGGCUCUAACCCUAUCUUUGGGGAGUAAAGCCUACUAGUGCUAGUAGUACUACUUGACUGCUACUCAACAAUACUAACUACUAUUACUAAUACUGUCAUGUUGUGUUUUUACCACUUGAAUUGCGAUGAAGAGUAACUUAACUUAAAUAGAUGAAACGUAAAGACACAAAGAUUUGUGCAUCUUUUGGCUUGGGGACUGAAAUCUGUCUGUUAGUCAAAUAUAAACUAUACUCUCUUUAUUAAUAAAAAUAGACAGUAAAUGUUGGUUUGGAGCACCACUCAUUUCCCUUGGAUGACAAUGAAUAAAUUAUGUUAAUUAAAUAAAAUGAAAAAUACCACAAUAUAAGAUUAUCCAAAACUUCAUCUCAGACUGCUACAAACUUAGUACCAUAAAUUAUGGUUUCUAAUGUUAUUUUGAACUUAAAAUAAAUUAGUAUAAGCUAGUAUUUUGAUAAUAAUAUAGUAUGCUGAAAUCAGAGUCCCACUGCUCACAUACCUAAACAUUGUGGUUUUUUUUAAUCCACAUUUAUUAGAAUGUAUCAUGAUUUAAUGACCAUGUCUUCAAAAUGCACAUUUGCUAAUAUUACAAAAUAAUGUAGUUAUGGUAAAUUUACAAAAAGAGAGUACUUUUUAGGUUCUUUUUUUUUUACAGGACUAACGCUUUUAGAGAAUAGGAAAUGGCUUUUUGCACACCAAGUGACCUUGAUUUUGUGACAAGGUUUGUAUGUAUUGGCUCAGAAGAAGGCAGCUACAAUGUUCUUGCAGCUAGUGAUUUCACUGACAAGACCCCAUCACUCAGUUCCUUUUUGUGCAAGGAAAAAGGCAAAGAAGCUAUUGACAGGUUACGGAAAAUUUUCCAGAACAGAAGUUAUAUUACCAAAGAACCUCUUUUGUAUGCCUUAGCGAAGAUUAUUAGAAACACUCCAGUGUCAAAAAACCAUGAAGAGGAUGAUAUUCGCAUAGCAGCCUAUUCUCUUGCUCAGGAUGCAUGUGAGUCAGCUAUGGACCUUUUUACAUUUGUCCACUAUGAUAAAGUGGCUGCAGAACCCAAAAAGGCUGGCUGGGGUCGAGGCAUGCGGCGACUUGUUUCUCGGUGGUAUGACUCAAAAACACCUCUUAAACUAGCAUCAGAAGUGACUAAGUGCAAGUCAGGCAGGGGUUGGACUCAUAGAGAUCUUUUACGGCAGUGCCACAUCAAACCAGAUAGGAAAAGUAAAGGUGACUUUUAAUAUUUUGAUUUAGUUUAUUUAUGGGAAAAUAUGUUUGGUUCUGGUUCUUGUUAUCUGUGUUAAACUUUAAACAGCAGAAUUAGUCUUUGAGACUUUGUAUAUAAAGAUAAAAGUGGAAUUAUUGAAUUUGGCUGCAUUUUAAAAAGACAUUUAUAUUUCAUUCGCCUAUUUAAGUUAAAGUACUGUUAGAUCUUUAAUCUAGCUAACAAUAAUAGAUUAAAAAGUUAUCAAUAACAUUUUUUAGAAAUCUAAUAUAUGAUUACCCAAGAGAACUUAUUGCCCAAAGAUUAUUUGAGCUAGUAAUAUUUAGUACAAAAUUGUACUUAACUAUGUGAUCUGGUUGUUUUAAACAUUAUUACAGACUUUAGAAUGCUAAAAAUAUACAAAAAAAUUGCAGACUUUGGUUGAUUUAUAGAUUCUGACCUAUAUUCAUCUUAUGAUUCACUUGCUUGCUUUAUUAUUCAUUUUCUCAACUGUGUUCACCACAUUCAUGUAAUACUAGAAAUGUCUUAGAAAUUUUUUUGACCAUUAUUAACUUCCAUUGAAAGUUUCAAUUUUUUUUUUUUUUUCAUCUCUCUUCUUGUGGCAGGUCUCUCCGUUGUUGUGGACUAUGUAGUUCACCGUGGAAAAAAGUGUGAAAACUUUCCCGAAAGUGAUGACAAAGAGGUCCAAGAGGUGGUAGCCUUUCUCAAAGAUAUAAAUUCUCUGGCGUCUUCACAGCCCACAGAAGGAGCCUUAGUUCGUAGUUUGAUAGAGAAACACAAAUUUACUGAACGACAAAUUCCAUCUUUUCUUUUUCAAUCUCCAGAGGUAGGAUUGCAUAAAAUAUGCCUUUUCAUUUGUAAUCCUUUUCAUUUUUAAUUCUUUUCAUUUUUAAUCCUUUUAAUAAUUUUGUAUGACAAUACAAGUACUUCAGUUGGCUCUAUCUUUCUGACAUUAUGCAUCAGGGGUGGGCAAAUGCGGUUGUUAGAGCGAUGUCUGCAGCCAUUGGUCCUCUUAAUUGCAGCUCCAGUUCAACAAGCCAAUUUGAUAAUUUCUGCAAUAUUUUUGUUAACUUUGCCACAUUUUCUUGCAAAAUUUAUUUUGUUCUAUUUAAUAACAGUUUAGGUGAGUGACUUCUUGUUAUUGAAGUUAAAUAAGAUAUGAAUUUGAUUGAAUUUAUGUACCUGAAAUAUAUGACGUGGCUCUCUUUAAAAAAUUAAUAUCGACAAACAGCUCCCAUUUACCUAAUGCCUGUCCACCCCCUGUUUUACAUAAGAAUUCUAUAGAAUUUUUAAAUUGAUGAUAUUUCUAGAAUUUGUAAUGUAUAUAAAAGAUUCCCAUUUUCUUUCAGACAUUCGAAGGCUUGCUAGGUCACAUGAAAUUAGAAGAUAUUUUUAAAAGCAUACCUAAGAUGGCCUCCCUUGGUAUGCUUCAUCACGCCUCCGCCCAGGUUGGACAUGUUAUGGACAUAGUGAAGAAUUUGACUCUCAUCCAACAAGAGAAGUAAGCUCUUUGAAACAUAAAACUGUGACUUCUGUUAAAAAAUGUGUAUUGUGAUGGGUGAUUAGCUAAUGUUAGGAUCUUCCAGUUUGUAGGGUGUUAGUUAUGUGUUCUCUGUUAUUUUCUAUUUGUUGGUUGUUGUUUUCGUAUUUCUGAAAUAUAUAUGUACAGUAGGAAUGUAAGUAUCCUCAAGCAAAAUUAAAUGCCUGAAAUGCAGGUAAACAGAAAUUUCAUUGCACUAGUCUUGAACUCUUUAAAUGAAAUGUUCUAGAUCAGGCUUGUUUUUUUAAACCCUGUACACAAAGAGAAAUAAUGACAAAACGGAAGGUCUGAAAGUAUUAACUGUAAUUAUUAGAGUCUGCAAACCUCUAAGAUGCGAUAAUAUAAGAUUCUUUUAUUAAUCCAAUUAAAUGUAAUUUUUUUUAUAACAUUGUACUUUGUACAUAUUUAUUUUCAGCACAUAAAUAAAUACAUAUUUGUUGAUUCUAUGACCUGGGAAUGUGAGUUCAAUUCCCUUGUGGGAAUGUGAGUUCAAUUCCGUUGUGGGAAUGUGAGUUCAAUUCCGUUGUGGGAAUGUGAGUUCAAUUCCGUUGUGGGAAUGUGAGUUCAAUUCCGUUGUGGGAAUGUGAGUUCAAUUCCGUUGUGGGAAUGUGAGUUCAAUUCCGUUGUGGGAAUGUGAGUUCAAUUCCGUUGUGGGAAUGUGAGUUCAAUUCCGUUGUGGUGUCCCUUUUUACAUUUUGUUUUUUUGCACCAUAGAUGCAGCCAAUCAUUUUGCACCAUAGAUGCAGCCAAUCAUUUUGCACCAUAGAUGCAGCCAAUCAUUUUGCACCAUAGAUGCAGCCAAUCAUUUUGCACCAUAGAUGCAGCCAAUCAUUUUGCACCAUAGAUGCAGCCAAUCAUUUUGCACCAUAGAUGCAGCCAAUCAUUUUGCACCAUAGAUGCAGCCAAUCAUUUUGCACCAUAGAUGCAGCCAAUCAUUUUGCACCAUAGAUGCAGCCAAUCAUUUUGCACCAUAGAUGCAGCCAAUCAUUUUGCACCAUAGAUGCAGCCAAUCAUUUUGCAUCUGGUUGAGUUUCAUUACAGGUCUCUGUGUGUUAUAUUCUUCUGAUCCUCCUGCGGUUAUUAUGGCUAUGGUGGUUCUUUAUUUUUAAAAAAUAUAUAUAUAUUUAUCUCAUUUUUAUACUGCAUGCCAACCAGGAUUUUUUUAUAAUCCAUAUAUUCUUCCUUAAUCAGUCUUAUGAUAUGUAUUAUAGCUUUGAUAAUCAAUCUUAUUAUAGAUAGAUUAAUAAGACACGAACAAAUUCUGUCAAUAGAACAAUAUGAGUUGUGCUUUAAUAAUAAUUAUACAUUAUACACAAUUAAACGUUUCGGCACAUGUCUUCAUCAGUACAAACAAACACAACACAUUUAAAUAAGUAUAAAUUAAAUUUACAUAAUAUAAAUAUACAUAUCCUACCUAAAACAAAAAAAAUAUAGGACAGGGCGCUAAAACCAGACAAAAACGAAGUAAAGAGGAGUAGAAAGGAAGUGAUUUGAACAUAAUUGGAAAAACCAAACAGGAAAAAGACAUGGCAGCUAAGUAAAAUUGUGGAUUUGGUUCAAUCCAUAUGGAGACAACGUACCAAAUCUAGUUAUUAAUUUGUUCUCCAUAUAGAUUCUAUCUGCAGUGUUACUGGUAUAGAGUAUACCAGUAACUGCAAUGUCUGAGAUACCAUCAUGGUUAGGGCUAUUGAAAUGUUUGGAGACCGGACAGAGAGCGUGUUUAUUUAUGUUGUAGAGGUGCUCUCUGAAACGGUCCCCAAGGCGACGACCUGUCUCUCCUAUGUAUAGUUUACCGCACUUUUUGCAAAUGAUGGUGUAAAUCACGUUGCGACUUGUGCAGGUAAAGCCAUCUUUUAUUCUGAAUACUUCCAGAGGGAAAGUGAUCAUAUCAGUUACGAUCACGUAGGGACAUGAGUUACAAUGGCUACGGGUGCAAUUUUUUGUGCAUUUAUGUGCUUUAAUAGCAGGGAGGGGGCUUCUAACUAGCAUGUCCCUAAGGCUCUUGUCCCGCCGGAAAGCGAAAAGAGGAGGUUUUCUAAAAAUCUCAUUUGUGACAGGGUCCGCCAUAAGAAUUGAGCGGUUUUUUGAGAACCAGAGAGCGAGCUUUUAGGUUGUGGGGAUGAAAAGUUAAGAUAAAUUUAGACCUAUCACUAGUGUCAGAAUGAGGAGCCUUAAAAGAAGCCGGUCUAGUCAUACCUUUAACUUUAGUGACAGCUGCUUUUAAAAUUUCUUCGGGGUAUAAUCUGCGUCGGAAAAAAUCCAACAUUUCAGACAUUCUUUCUCCAAAAUCUUCUUCAUUACUACAUAGUCUUCUGAGUCUCAGCAACUGAGAAAAUGGGAUGGAGUUUUUACACCCUUGAGGAUGGGAUGAUGAAUAUAGCAAGAAGCUAUGACUGUCUGUUUGUUUUUAUAAAAAAUGGACGUAGAUAUUUUGUUCUCAUGAAAGUUAAUUCGUAAGUCCAAAAAAUUGAUGGUGCUUUUAUGGAUCAUUGAAGUGAAUUUAAUUGUUGGAUGAAAAUCUCCAAUGAAGUAAAUAAAACUUUCUAGUUGUGUUAUGUCCACAUUAGUAAUCCCUAUAGAUAUAAUAACUUGUCUUUUUAAAAUUUUAUCACAGAAUCCAUCCCAUAGUAAUAUUUUUGGCACUGAGGCGUUAUGAGGCAGACAGAAGCAAAAAGUGGAUUAAAAAUUAUCACUUGAUCAAAGCCUUGCAUGCCGCUUUCAAUGUUUCUCUCCAGGUAAAUAAACUAGUGAUGUCUUUGAUAUACGAUUGUAUUAUAAGACAUAUAUCUUUUUAAACAAAUUCUUGUUGUUGUUGUGACAUAUACAGAUGAUUUUAAAUGUCAUGACCUUUUGUCUGCAGUCUUCUGGCUUUGAAAGUUUUAAUUUUUGUGUUCAAACCCUGCCACCUUAUGGGGAGACCAGGCUAUCAGUGCCACAUAGUCUUGAAUGGAUUAGCUCCGAAAUUCAAAACAAAUAUUAUUAUUUUCUUUUGCCAUAGUUAUGGUGGGGUUUAAAAGCUAAUCUUCCGCUAUCUAGUCAAAUCAUUGUUGCUUGCAACACAACCUUAAUUUUUUUUUUUUUUAAAAAAUCCUGUAACCAAAGACAAGUUUAAUGAAUUUAAAAAAAAAAAAAAUUAGUGAUCAAAACUCAGAUUUAGGCUCAAGCCUUUUAUCCUCAGUCCCUGCCUAGAAUUGGAAAGCGGAUGCUCCUGGCAGUUCAUGUGGAUAACAAAGUGGCCAAGCAGCAUGUGUCUGGAGCCAACUUCCUCUCCCCCAUCAUGCCCUGUGCUCUCAUGGCUAAGUUUUUACUGGAGGUAUGUUCACAUUCAUUCUAAUGAUCAUUUUGGAAAUUUGGUGAGGUAGUUGAGUGCCUGUUGCUGAAUUGAUGACUGUGGCUAACUGGUUACCAGUUGCUUUUAUAUUGGUAGGCAUAGCUAUAAAAAGUAUCAUAAAUCCGGGCUGAAAUGAGGAUUGUUUCUACAUUAAAUGGUUAAAGCUCAUCAUUUCUGAUGAAUAUCAGAACAUUAUUUUUUUUUGUCUUGAAACAACUCAUAAAGUUGUUCGUGACAGUUGUGUUAAAGUUUCUUUUGAUAAAAGGUUGAGAAUUUCAUAGGCGUAAAUGAAAACCGUGAUGAGACUUUCAUAGUGGUAAAUGAAAGCAUGAUGAGAAUUUCAUAGUAGUAAAUGAAAGCAUUAUGAGAUUUUCAUAGUAGUAAAUGAAAGCAUGAUGAGAAUUUCAUAGUAGUAAAUGAAAGCAUGAUGAGACUUUCAUAGGAGUAAAUGAAAGCAUGAUGAGACUUUCAUAGGAGUAAAUGAAAGCAUGAUGAGAAAGUUUGAAUAAAAAAUAUCACAUUUUAUCUUCUCUCAAUAGCUGACUUUCUCACACAAGAAAUAAUUCAGUAUCACUUUGAGUGAUAACAAUAAAUCUAGGGUGUUGGUUAUUUAUUGGUGUUUCUACCCCCACAGUCAGAAGACAAUAUCCAAGUGGUUUUCUUCCACCAGAAAGUGAUAGAGUUGAACAUCAGACGCAAGACGACCAUGGCUGGCAUAAUUGAACAGUUUAUUAAUUGUACCAAAGAAGUGAGCCAUUUUUAUAGUUUUUAACUGCACAAAAGAAAUAAGACAUUUUAUUUAAACCGCCAUUUUAAAAAAAAUAUUUGUUUGCACGUUUGUUACUAUUAUUUGAAACUGAUUUUGACUUUAUUUCAAUGUGUUGUAACACUUUUACUUCUUGACUUUAUUUCAAUGUGUUGUAACACUUUUACUUCUUGACUUUAUUUCAAUGUGUUGUAACACUUUUACUUCUUGACUUUAUUUCAAUGUGUUGUAACACUUUUACUUCUUGACUUUAUUUCAAUGUGUUGUAACACUUUUACUUCUGAUCACUUUCUAGAUGAUCAUUGAAAAAUUGUGAUACAAAGUGUCUGUGUAAACCAGCACUCCUCCUAAAUGAUAAGUUAUGUGGAACAAACAAUUAUUUUAAUAAAAUACAUUUAUGUCUUAAAUUAUUAUCCACUGUAUGCUGGUGUAUGGGCUUUUCAAAUGCAAAAUUGUUUAUUUUAUUUCAUUAUUGAUUGAUUCUAAUUUUAUUUCACUUAAAAUGAGUUUGUAUCAUGCAUACUAAUAGUUUGGGGAAGUGAGAAAUUUCGAUAACUACUUUCUAUCAAGACUGUUUAUUUAUUGAACUAAUAAUAUGUUUCAUAUUUUUAUCUCGUUUUAACUAUUUUGUUUAAAAAAUCAAAAUCAAGGCUAUUGGAUUAUUCGUUAUCAUUCUCUCAUAUGUCCUCAUUUUUUGUGUCUUCUUCUCUGUUUCAGCCAGCCAAUGCAAUCUAUGACAUAUCAGAACCUCUCUGUUUCAGCCAGCCAAUGCAAUCUAUGACAUAUCAGAACCUCUCUGUUUCAGCCAGCCAAUGCAAUCUAUGACAUAUCAGAACCUCUCAAGUGGGCAACACAGAACAAGAAGCUUUUCGAUAACAUCUUAAUUAUCAGUGAUAAGAAAAUAGUCAGCUCUCACCUGGAAUUUCAUGAAACUGUUAAACUUUACCGCCGUGAAGUAUCACUGCCCAAUGCAAAGUAAGUGUCAAAAAAAUUGGAUAGAAUUAAAGUUAUUCACACAGCAUAACUCCUUAUUAAAGAAAAUACUUUCACAUGCUUGCUUGAUUAAAAAAUCGUGUAUUUUGUUUUGGUUGCGGCCAUUUGACCAUCAAAAUUUAUCUGAGUGAGGUACCAAUAGUUGUUUGAGUUUUAGACCUCAUCUAAAGCAAUGACUGAUUGACUCAUUUCAUGACUGAGGUGAAAACAAAUGUAUCUUGAUGAGGCUUUAAUAUAUAGAACUCAUCUACAACAUUGACUGAAAGACUCUUUUCAUAAUGCACUAAAGUGUAAGAAAAAUGUGUCCUGUGUUUCAGACUUGUUUAUAUAAGCCUGAGUGACUUCUCCUACCUUAAUGACAAAAAUGACCUCAACACACUGGAGAUAUCUGGCUUCAAUGAGAGAAUCCCUCCAAUGGUCUACAAGUUUUUCCUGGGAAAGUUUGAUUUUACUGAAGACCUCAAUGAGGCUGCAGCACUGCCAUAAGCCAGUUCGAUAUGCUGUUCUCCAUUGUGGUAAAUUGUUCAAAAUAUUUAAGAGAAACAUUAUUCUCUAAAAUUGAAAUAAUUGUGGCUGUUAAUAUUUAAUUUUUUUAUUUAAAAUUUUAAAAAGUGCAAUUCUGAUCUGCAUUUAUAAUGUAAUGCCAAGAAAACUGCUAAUUGUUUCAAAUAAGGUUACUGUCAUAUUUUUGGAAUAAUUUUUUUGGUCUGUUGUUUUACAGUUACGGCUAGGAAUAUUGUGAAUAUGGUUUUUUUCCACUGCCAUUAUCAAAGUUGAACUGUGUUUAUUUAGACCAUUAUAAUUAUUUAUACAUCAGAUGCAGAUGUACAUUUAUGAUAUUUCAACUAGCCAUUCUUAUCUAGUCCAUCUUCUGUAAUAUGACCAUGAUAGAACAAGGUUACUCACAGCAACAAAAAAAACAUAAAUACAUAUUGCCCUUAAUGUUUUGUACAGUUAGUAAAUAAUAUUAAAAAAUGUAACAUUGGUUUGAAGUAAUUUUAUAUCAAUGUAUUAUAAGUAGUAAUUCCAAAAAGAUACUUUAAUUUAAGUGGUAAGCUCAAGUUGUUUCCUAACAAUGCUGCAUCAAGUUUUGUCCUGAUGAUUUUACAUUAACUCAUAUUGAUGCUGGUAUUUUUUGCUUUUAGCAAAAUUAAUUAUUAUUAUAAGGGGGUAAAAGUAGAAGACAUUUAAAUGCUUAGAUUAAUUUUAAUUUUUUACAAAUUUUGUUAACAUAAAAAUGCUCAAUUUAUUAUAUGAUUGUUAAUUGAUUUUUAUGAACUCAAAUAGGCUCCUUUCUUUAGGCAAGGAUGUAAACCACUGUUCUGUAUAUUUCUAAUGAAAGAUGUAGCAUAUUAAUUAUACAGAAGAUACAAAAAAAUGGAUGAUCUAUAUAAAGAAAUGAGCAGGAUUUUUUAUUUAAUCAUUAGCUAGCAUCAAUGGUGUUCAAAUUGUUGAUAGGUUCAUAUGGUUGGAGCAUUAAUUAUGGAUUUGUUAAAUAUCACGCUAAGAUAUUUUAGGAUUUGUGUUGAUUUAGGUGUUGUGACUUAAUAUAACUGAGGAACCUGGUCAUUAUAAUUGUAAGGAACCUUUCCUUCUAGUACUAUUCAGGCUUUGAAUUAUCAGUUUGUCCUGGAAGUUUGUUAUAUACUAAUGUAAUUUAGUCCACUGGGUCUAUAUUUAUCUGUCCCUGCUUUUAUUAGAGACCAGUAUUUUGUAGCAUUAAGAGAGAUAUAACACUACUAUUAGUUGGGUUAGGAGGACUGGGGUGCUCCAUCUAUCACACCCGCCAACUCCAUUAUCAAUAUUUAUUUUGUUAUCACUUAAGAAAGAAAAAGCUUGGUACCAUAAGAGCCACUCUUUGUUUUAACUCAGUGUAAGCCGUGUAAGCCUAAAAAAGAGGAUUCAAUAAAGCGAAACCUGCCAUGCACAUUCACUACACUAUUGUAAUGCAAAGUCUAACUCUAGCUACUAUCCUUGUGUAACUGUGUAUAUUACUAUUGACUAGGCUACCUACAGAAAUAUAUCUUAGCAAAUUUUCUCAACAGCAACAUCC